AUGAGCGGGGCUGGCCCCGCACCCGGCUCGCGCCUCUUCUUCCCCGGCGGAGACUCCGGCCGCUGCCCGCCGCCCGCCCGGGGCACCCCCCUGGCCCGGCCCGAGCCCCGAGCAGGGAGCUGCCCGAAGCCGGAGCGGGGCGCGGGGGGCUGCCCGGCGGGGCCCAGGAAGAGGAAGCGAACCACGUUCAGCCGGGGGCAGCUGUGCGAGCUGGAGCGGGUGUUCGCCGCGCUGCCCUACCCCGACAUCGGCACCCGCGAGCGCCUGGCCGAGAUUACCCACCUGCCGGAGGCCAAGAUCCAGGUCUGGUUCCAGAACCGCCGCGCCCGGAGGAUCAAGAGCGGGAAACUGGAGCAGCCGAGCUGCCGGCGGGAUCUGGCCAGUAAACCGCCCCCCUUCCGCCCCCCACCGCCCCAGGGCAGCUCCCUCCUGCCCCAGGGACAAGGGGCCAGAAGCCAAGAGGUGCCUGAGCUCCGCCUGCCCGACAGCUGCCCCCAGCAGUUCCUGGGCCGAGCGCUACCUGGCCUCAUCUCUGCCUUCCAGGGGCAGCUCCUGUGGGAAGACAGCAGCCAGCCCCCCUGCAGCCAGGCAGGAGCCCACUGGCCUGUGGCUGCCCAUGGCCAGGCGGGGGCGCAGGGAGCAGACCCGAUGGCCGGUGAGGGGCUCUCCUAUUGGGAUGUGUUCCCUGCACAGACCUCCCUCGGGUACAUUUCUGACCUCAUCUAUAACGCCGCCAUCGUCACCAACCUGGGCGAGCCCUAGGCCUGGCCUCGG